CGCGUACGCUUUUGUGCCCGUUCCCCCCGAGUGAGAGCAGCUGCUUCGCCGCUACGUCCGUGAGGCCGUGGUAUUCGUUUACUCGCGCUCCCCAGCUCUACAUCGCGCGUCGUCGUCGUCGGGACAAACUCGUCGCGUUUAAAAAAAGUACGCGUAUAUUUUUCCCCCGAAGAAAAUUCGCUCGAUAAAUCACACGACGGCGAAGACACAUCCGCGCCCGCGCGACACACUCGCGAAACGGGACGUAAUCAGGGAAAAGAGAGAGCGGUCGGGCCGAAGGACAAAGCCGUGUCGUCGUCGAUUCGCAGCAGGCAGGCCGAUUCGGGACGCGGAUCUAGCGCAGGAACAUUCUUUCAAUUCCGGUACAAACAUGACUAGCUGCAUCGAACGGUACAUCUUCUCCCCGGAUCCUUUGCGGGCAACCAUAACACCGUCUCACUUAUACGACAUCAAGAAGACGAAUGACGAGGUCGACAACAUCGAUUAUCGCUUCGAAAUCGCCCGGUUAGAGAGCUUCAGGAAGUACAAUUGGUCCUGCACGUGGAUGAAGCCGGAGAUACUGACCGCGGCUGGCUUCUACUACACCGGCCAGAGCGACAAGGUGAAGUGCUUCGAGUGUCACGUGGAGAUCUGUCAGUGGCAGCCGCAGGACAAACCCAUGGUCGACCACCAGCGAUGGUCCGGAAGAUGCAGAUUCGUUCGCGACGUUCCCUGCGGCAACGUGCCCAUCGGAGCGGACCCCAACUCGAUUCCGGCCUCCGUGCCCAAAGGGAUGGACGUCUGCGGACCUUACGGACCCGUGUACAUGCCCUUCUCCGGCCCCGACAACGAGGAGUUUAGCGUGGAAAGCGCGAAGAAACCGAGCGCGGAGACCACCAACAAUGCUCUGAGGGCCCCCAAGCAUCCGGAAUACGCCAGCUACGACGCCAGGUUGCUUACAUUCGACACCUGGCCAAAAGCGAUGUCGCAGACCAAGGAGGAACUCGCGACCGCCGGCUUCUUCUACAACGGAAACGGCGAUCAGACCCUCUGCUAUCACUGUGGAGGAGGACUGAGGGACUGGGAACCGGAGGAUGAUCCCUGGGAGCAGCACGCCAAGUGGUUCGACUACUGUUCCUACUUGCUGAUGAUCAAGGGGAGGGAUUACGUGAACAAAAUUGUGGGAAGAACUUACGCCAAGCCGGAAACUGUCACGAAACCAGCCGUUCAAGAGCAGACGUCUACAUCUACUGCGGCUCACAACGAGAGUGCUGUUGAAAGUACUCCGCAAAGUUCCAGCAGUUCCCACGAGGAGACCGCGAGCCCUUCGAGCGAGGAGCAACCUGCCGUCCAAGCGAAAUGCGACAAACCAGUCGACAAGGACGCGAGAAUGUGCAAGAUAUGCUACAACAGCGAACUGCGAAUGGUGUUCAUGCCAUGCGGACACUUGAUCGCCUGCGCGGACUGCGCGAAAGCGAUGAAGAUUUGCGCGGUUUGUCGUCAACCCGUGAAGGCUUCUGUACAGGCAUUCAUUUCAUAGUGUCUUUAUCCGUAGUGAUAAAAACCAAGCAAGCUUUACUGACAUUUUCCAUUCAUCGUCAUUGAAGACUGAUACAUUAACACUUGGAAAACAAAACUAAAUGAUGACAUGGACUCAUGUGACGCACCCCUAGGUAGCAAACUGACGUCAUUGGACGUUAAAAUGACGUAAGUUUGCUACUUGGGCCGGUCUGCAGGUACAAACUAUUGCGAAAAAGAACGCUGAAGAAUUCUUGUUGAGUGGAAUAAAUCUUUACAUUCGUCUAAUAGUAAACAAAAAUAUUUCGCACUGAUAUGAUGAACGUAUUUUCUGAUUGUUGUACAAAUAAUAAGUGUUUCUAUAUUCGAAUAUAUAUACAAUAUUUAUAUAUAUAUAUAUAUAUAUAUAUGGAUAUAACUAGUAAAAAGCAAAUUGUUAGUCAGUGUGCAAAACACAUGUGACAUAUCACAAAUUUUCUUAUAUUCAUAACAUAUAUAUAUUAAAUAGCGCGAGUCACAGAUCACGUCAUUAUUAAAAGCCGAAGAUAGAUUGUACCUGCAAACUGGGAUGUUGCUAUUUCAACGUUUUUGGCUUUGUUUUACAAUACUUUGCUGAAAAAUGAAGGCAAAAUUAUGCCGCAUAUUGAAGAAAAUAGCAACAUGACAUGAAGUCUAGUCAUUAGUGUUAUAAUGAAAUAUGGACAUAGAUGUAAAACAAUAAUUAUUAAUUACGUUAAGCCGUCAUAUAGAUCUAAAUCACAAUCAACUAACUAUCAGGAAAUAGUUCAGUUCAAAUUCAAGUAUACUUAUACUUUGCGUUAAAUAUCACAUAUAAUUAACUUCAUUUCAGGGUAUUCUAGAUUGAUAAAACAAAUUAUAUCGGUGAUAAUAGAAGCGCAAAAAGUUGGCACAAUUUUCACUUUAAGCCUUCUGUCA